AUGGCGGAAGAUUCACCGGCAGAAGGUCCACCAUCGACGAAUGAUGAAUCGGCUACAAGUCAGAGUCGGACCUCAAAAUUGAAAAGGAGCCGUCCAGGGAGUUCAAAUGAUGCAGCUGCUGCUACUGCAGGUACUGGGAUUGCUGGUGGUAAUUCGAGAAGGUCCAUAGUUUGGCAGCACUUCGAGGAGUUGGUAGUCGACGGUAUAUCGAGAGCCAAAUGCAAACAUUGCGAGAAACUGUAUAGGUGUGAUACUCGAAGGAAUGGUACGUCUUCGCUUCUUCACCAUAUGUCUGUUUGCAAAAGUAAUCCGAAUGUGACUGAGAAAAAACAAUCGAAAUUGGUUUUGCAAUCAAUAGCUGAGGGUGAUGAAAUGGCAGGAGGUUUAAUUAGUUGGAAAUUUGAUCAAGAAGCCAUUAGGUCAAAGCUAGCUAGAAUGGUCAUUGUUGAUGAGCUUCCAUUUCGGUUUGUGGAUGGUGACGGAUUCAAAAAUUUCAUGUCGAUUGCACAACCUAGGUUUAAAAUUCCAUCUCGUUGGACUGUGUCACGUAAUUGUUAUCAAUUAUACCUAAAUGAGAAGUUAAAAUUGAGAAAUUACUUCAAAAGGUCCGGAAAAACAAUUUCUAUGACCACAGAUACUUGGACUUCCGUGCAAAAGAUUAAUUAUGUGUGUAUCACUGCCCACUACAUUGAUGAAGAAUGGAACAUGAAUAAAAAGAUCAUCAACUUUUGUCCCAUUGAGAGUCAGAAGGGUGAGGAUUUUGGAAGGCAAAUAGAUGGUUGUUUGUGUGAUUGGGGAAUCUCAAAGGUGUUUUCUAUUACGGUUGAUAAUGCAUCUUCUAGUGAUACUUGUCUUACAUAUUUGAAAAGUAGAUUGACUUCUCGGGGUUGUGCUAUUGUGAAAGGCAUGUUUCUUCAUAUGAGGUCCAUUUCUCAUAUUAUCAAUUUGGUAGUGGUGGACGGAAUAAAUGAAAUUAAGUAUUCCAUUAAGAAGAUUCGUCAUGCGGUUCGAUUUGUGAAACAAUCUCCGGCUAGAUUGGCAAAAUUUCGAGAAUGUUGUGAUGAUGAAGGCAUUGUAAGUAAAAGCUUGUUAUGCUUAGAUGUGAGCACUAGGUGGAACUCCACUUACUUGAUGUUAAAUGUUGCACAAAAGUUUGAGAGGGCAUUUGAGAGGUAUAAAACAAAAGAUCCUUUCUUUAAACUAGAGCUCAAGCAUGGACCACCCUCAAUUGUUGAUUGGGAACAUGCUAGAAGGAUGGUUGAUAUUUUAUCCCACUUCUACGAGCUAACAUUGAGGAUUUCGGGCACAUCUUAUGUCACCUCGAAUGAAUUUUAUCAUGAAAUUAGUUCGGUUAAUUGCUUGUUAAGAGAAUGGAUUGCUAGCAAUGAUCUUGAUAUCAAAGCAAUGGAGCACGGAGAAAAGAAUGGUUCGGAGAUCUUCAAGAGUGUGAAGGGGAGUAUUCAUGAGUUGUUUGAAGCUUAUAAGUUGAUUUAUCAACCUCAUUGUGCCACGUCCACUCAAUCGAUGAAUCGAGUUUCUAGUUUAAAUGAAUCUUCUCAACCCGAUCUUUCAAAGAAUAAAUCUAGAUAUCACUUGGGGGAUAAGUUCAAAAGGCACAAGAUAGAGAGUGGAGAAGUAGAAAGCAAGUGUGACUUGGAUGUUUACUUGAAAGAGAGUGUUCUUGUUGUCGAGAAAGAUGACUUUGACAUUUUGAGUCGACAUGGCUCCGUCGACAUUCCUAAAUCGACUUCUCUAGGGUCGGUUCUGCCAAGAGCAACUAAGAAGAAGCAGAUAUUGGUCUAG